AUGCUCGCCGGCGCGCUCGCGCUGUCCCAGGUAUCGGACGCGCGCGCCUCGGAGUCCCUCGCGCCACUGAAGCGCACCGGGGGCCGCGGCUUCCUCGCUGAAGAGGAGGAAAUCCUGUACGAGAUGAGGCUGGAGAAGGAGGCCGAGGCGCAAGAAGAGAUCGCCGCCCUGCGCGCGGAGUACGAGGAGGCAGCGCGUGCGACGCAGGACGGCAAGCUCUGCGCGACGCCGUACGGCAUCGACGUGGUCGGCAUCACCGAGGCCGUCGCCCUCGUGGGCGCCGCCGUCGGCGGCAUCUCGGCCCGGAACAAGCGCGCCGAGCUCCAGCGCGUCACCGAGCAACUCCGCACCAUCAACUACGAGCUCAGGAAUCAGGCGCGCGCGGGCAUGGUGUACGCCCCCGGGCUGAGCUACGCGCCCCCUACGGGCUCGGACCAGGAGGGCGGCACUGCGGUGCUGCCUCCCCUCGAGGGCGUGCCGACGGAGGUGGCUCCGCCGAGGGAGGCGCCGCCGACGCCUCCGCCGGCGAUGGCAGCGGCGGCAGCUUCGCCCCCGGAGGCCGAGGCCGCCGCGGACGACGUGACGCAGGACCCGUCCGCGAGCUCGCGGUGGGAGGCGUCGCUGGACGAGGAGCCGGACGAGACGCGGCUGGCGCUGCGGGAAGGCAAGCGCCUGCUCAAGGCCGGGAACGGCAACGGCGCAAUGGUGCGGUUCGAGAAGGCGCUGGUGCUGUCGCGGGCGAUGGGGAUGAAGGUGCAGGAGCGGCGGGCGAUGCGGGGCAUGGCGGCGGCGGCGCGUAUUCAGGGCAAGUACAAGGACGGCAUCGAAUACCUCGAGGGGGUGCUGCGGAUCAGCGGGGAGAUCCAGGACUACGUGGGCGACGCGGACGCGUACGGGACGAUCGCGGACCUGUACACGGAGCUCGGCGACUACGAGAAGGCCGCGGAGUACUACGACUUGUACCUCGCAAAAUGCGUCGCCGACGGACCCGUGUAG